UUUAGGCCCUUAAUGAUUUAUUUGAAGAUCAAGGUUGGGCUUUUGAAGUCAUAUCUGGGCAUAUUGGAUGCCUAACGGCAAUGGUACCUUGGAAUGCUCUUAUGACAAAUGAUAGUUCUCUUAAUGUUUCAAAUUUGACAAUAACUUUAAGACCAGUUACACGCUGUCAAAGUGGAACGACUAUGUUGGAAUCUAUGUGGUCGUCCGUGAGUAGUUCUAUGCAAAUGGCGGAGGAAUGUAUGAAGCAAAUUGAUGAUGAUAUACCAUUUUUAAACCACAACAAUACAUUGAUUGGACUGGAAAAAUUUGCUGAAACGAUUGACAAUGUUCUUAAUAGAAUACAUGCAAAUUUAACUAACACAACGAUUAAUAUCGAAUAUGUGCUGCCAAAAUCAUCUAAGAAGCUGAUUAUAUCAAUCAAAGCAAAUCAUAUUGAAUAUAAAAACCAAACUGGAUAUGAAAAAUAUUUUUCUUCAGAUGGAGACUUAAUUGAAAACGGCAUCACAGAUAAGUCUCUCAAUAUGAAAGCGUUACCAAUGAUAGCUAAACAUAAUCUGGUAACUUCUGAUUUAACGAUUCAUACUUCAGAAAUAUCAAGUACUGAAACUAAUAUAGCGGAGUUGCUAUCUCUUGGACGGCUUUGUAAGAUUGUUGAAUUUAAGGGAUGUCAAAAUUUUAAAAUAAGUGUUAAGCAAACCGAAAACAUUAUUGGUCCAAAAAUUAACUUGGAAGUUACAAUAGACGAUAUUUAUUUCAUGUUGACCCCACGACAAACACAUAUGUUGAUUCGGAUAUUCAAAGGGUUUGAUAAAGUACGCCCAAAUGAUAAGAAAAAAAAGAGCUAUUCCGAGUUAAAGCCUGAAAUACAUAAAACUCAUUUCUCUAAAAAAAUGUCUGGAAUUGUUGAACAAGAUAAAGAAUGGUGUGCUGAAGACGAAGGCUAUAAAAAAUUAGACUAUUUUAGUGAUAACAAAAAGUCAAAAAAAUGCGAAUCUUUAACCUCUUCAACGUCUACAAACAGCAUAACAACAUCAUAUAGCAAUGCUCAAAUAAAUGAGGGAUCUGAUGAAAAAUCUGGUGAAAUUUUAAAGUUUAAAUUGCAAAUAUAUAAAAUUGUAGGUGUCAUUUUGCAUAGCGAUAUUCUAUUUGAAAACGCGUAUAGUAAUAUUGGGUCUAGCUGUAUAUAUACCACUCAAAGUUUAACAAACUAUUUCGAAACUGCUACUCAUUUUUUUCAAACGGCAUUUAUUGAAAGAGCUGACGAAAAAUGUUAUAUUCCAAUACCAAACAAAAAUUAUCUAUUACUAAUGGUCUCAUCAUUAUUAGUAAGCGGAAAUCAGAAAAGAUUAUGUAAUGAAUUAAUUUUAAGAACAACAUUAUCAGCAACAAUGUGUGACAUCUGUGAAAUUCUCGAUAACAAAAUUAAUCAUUUAAUUAUGUUCGACCGAAAAAAAAACUGCCAAGACGGAUAUCACACUCGACCCGAAAUUAUUCUGUCACAUAUAUCCUCGUGUCUUUUCAAACAAAACCAUAAUAUUACCAGCAACAAAAUUGAAUUAACCUUAGACGACUGUUCUGCUGAGCUUGAUAUUUCAAUUUACGAUAGAUUAAGUUCGUUAUUAGCAGCAUCUCCAUUUAUACAGGAGGAGAAUGAGGAUGAAAACAUUUCAAAAACUGUUAUUACAAUGGAUAUGAAUAUUAGAUGUAAAUCCAUAAAAUGUUAUUUAAGCUGCACUUAUCGGGAUUUGAACCGGGACUUCUCGAUCGAGCGUCAUGCCGCUACUCACUACGCCACCUCACUUUUGGAAGCUGAGCUGUCAAAAAAAUAA